AAUUCCUGUCACGAACAGAUUAUAUGUGUUUAUCAGCUAUCUGAAAUAAUUCGUGGAUAGUCCAAGGACAUGCUGAAAAUUCACAAUGUUUCCCAAAAGUUGUUUCAUGUUGACUUUUUGUUAGGUAUACAUUUCAUCCUAAAGAAAGAAGGACAUAUUCCUACUGAACGUCUAUUGAAUUUCAUCUUACUAUACAGCGUUAUAUCCCAUAAGAUAAGGCUCCAUAACCACCGCAGUGAGAACCUAAAUAUUUCCGAGAAGUUCUAUGGGUUUCUGUUAAAUUCUGAAAACCAGAUUUCUCAUGCGUACAUAAACUUCCAAAACGCAAUGAACAUCGUGACAACAGGUUUCAGAGAUAACCAUUUAGUUGUGUGAGGCCCAUUUUAAUUGCACUUAAUUUUGGAACUAGCUCAUUCACAUGCUUCGGACACCGCCCUAUGACGUACAUAUUUUCCAGUACCAAAUAUUAAUAAAUUCCUUCCAGCCGUUCGGCGCAUGCGCGGUGCAUAUCCACAAGCACACAGAAAGGUAGACACGUUCCAGAAACGCCCCUUUCUCUAAUUCAGGGCUUCUGGAAACAUGUAAAUCCGUCAAUAUUUCGGGAUCGAUCUUCUUUACCAUAUACAGUGCUUCCUCAUGUAUGCUACGUACAUGACAAAGUGAAAAAGAAAUUGCUUAGAAGUUAGUAAUUAUGCCCCUUCCUUCCUGUCUAAAACAUUUAUUUUCGAGUCUGUCUUUUGACGUCAAAAGUUUCAGACAUAUUGUUACAUAAGAAGCGAAUAUGAUUCUCCCAGCGAAUGUAAGACACUCCUUUGAAGGGAGAAGAGGAGACAAGUUGUGUGACUCCACUGCCCGCCUACAGAAAUAUCGCAUUCACAGAGAGACGGAGAGCAGUAAGGUAUUUCUCCAGAUUUUGUAGAGAAAUGGUUCCACCGAAGAAAAAACAGACGGAAACCUCUGGAACAAGAGAAAAACUAAAGAAUGAUAAAGAGUUUUCCGCGAACAAAAUACAGAUCAUAACUAUGGAUUUCCUGCUUCACGUGUCUGGCCUUGUUCCGCCCAAAAAUGCAACGCCGUUCAUAAGAUUUUUGUACAAAAUAUUCAUAAGAGUCAUUUUCACGUUAAAUAUAUUAUCAUUGUUAGGGCAGCUGAUAGCAGUUUAUGUCCACUGGGGAAAUAUUACUGUGAUUUCCACAAUAAUGAGUUACAUGAGUGGCUUUCUUCUAUCACUCCUAGGCUGCGUUUAUUUCCUACACAACAAAGAUAAAUUCAUGAGGCUUAUAGAUUUGUUGAGAAAUGAAUUUGUGGCCAAUAUGAAUUCUAAGUAUAUCAAAUGUAUUCAGUUCGCAGAACGUCAAGUUAUAUUAUCUUGUAUCUAUUCAGCCCCUAUUGCUAUAAGUUUUGGUCUUUUUUCGAUCGCAGCCCCAUUUCUAAGUAACAACACAAAUUCGAAUUUCGAUAACAACACUCUUACUACAGAAAGGAAUAAUUUGGAUAGACUGAUGUUCGUGAUAUGGCUUCCUUUUGCAAUUGAAGAUUCCCCUCAGUUUGAGAUAAUCAUGGUCUUGCAAGCGAUUCUUAUAAGUUUUGGGUUAUUCAUGAUGGCUGCUGUUGAUGUAAUAUUUUUGUUACUGAUGAGUCAUGCAGCUGCUCAAUUUAAGGUUUUAUGUGCAAUGCUGAAUGACAUGCAUGAGAAUGUCUCUGAAGUUGAGUUGAACAGAACAAAGCAAAUGUCCCCGUUGCAAGAAAUUGCAGACUUCAAUUGUAUGAAGGACCCCGUGACUUCAGCAGAUGAUAUCACAUGUCUCGAAUCAGGGAGUGGAAAUUGUGGAAACCCCAGCUCCGAGACCCGCCAAGAAAAAUGUCACGUGAACAAAGAUCCAUUCCUUCUGUACCUUGUUAAAUGCAUCAAAUAUCACCAAGCUCUAAUUGUGUUCGUCAGCCAUCUCAACGAGAUCGUCAGUUUAGUUACGUUCAUGAGGAUAGUAAACUUCCCACUUAUCCUGUGUAUGACAGGAUUUGGAAUAACACAGAAUUAUGCCGACCGUCAACAAUUCUUGAAGUUCUUCUGUUUCUUUGUCAUAUCCCUAGUCGUAAUAGGGGGUUACAGCUGGUUUGGUCAACAAGUUAUUGACGAGAGUGAGAAGGUACAGCUGGCGUUCUAUAGCACCGACUGGUACAGCCAGACACCGGGAUACAAGAGUCUGCUGCCUCUGGCCAUGAUGAGGGCCUCGAGACCGUUGCGUGUGAACGCCGGAGUGUUUUUUGACAUGUCUCUUCUAACUUUUUCUUCGUUGGUGAAUGCUUCUUAUAGAUAUUUCACGAUGCUCAUUCAACUGCAUGAUUCCUAAAAAGAGGACCUAGGUGUAAAAAAAUUGAGCGUAGCAAUUAAUAAUGUGUUAAUAUAUUUGUUGAAUUAAUGGAACACGAUGUGAUUUCUAUUUUAAUGACACACGAAAAUUAAAAUUUAGUAGAGGUAGGACCAUAUGAAGAAGAUAGAGAGAGACGCUGAUAAAGUGGGUAACGUGCAACACCACGUCCCCCAAAACUUAUUCCCUUUAAUAGUUUCAAAGUUCACUACGUAUUUCGGCCAAUAUGGUCAUCAUCAUUUUUAUGAGGAAACUGCUGUCUCUGUUGUUAAUAUAUACAUGCAAGUCCCAUCGAUGGGCUUGUGUGUCUGUAAUAUGUAUGAAUUUUCUAUUAGAAUUACUGUAUUAGAAAUUUUCUAUAAUUACUUAUUUGUGUACUAACUGGAGUUAAUGUAUUGGUGUGUUUUUCUACGUGCCUUGUUCCUAAAUAUUUUGCUUAGUUGGACUGGUUCUUCUUUUUAUGAUGUAUUUUUGUCGCUAUCUGUUGUCUAUUCUUGUGUUACUUCGAACAUCAGAUUAUGGGUGUCGAUGUGUGUAUCGUUCAUUUUUAAUCCAUCUUUACUCGUUUUUUUAUAUAUGGCAUUUCUCUAAUGUAUUCAGAUUAUUUCAUUUUUUCUCUAUUUUUACAACUUUCAUAGUGUCAGUUGUACUCCCACCUGCAUGACCUGUGUUUAACAUAUGGUUGGAAUAUCGUGAGUUGCCAUUGUUAUGCCUUAUUGCCUCUAUGUGUUCUCUUUAUAUGGUCUGGAUUGUUCGGCCUGUUUGAGUCGGAAAUCCAUAUAUCUCACUUGGUAUAUACCAAUUUUCGUACUCAUUUAUUCGCAGGCGAGGCUUUAAUAGAUAUUGGUUUGUGCCUUUUUUCGGAAUGCAAUCUUUAUAUUUGUUUCUUUAAAACGUAUUGUGAUCUCUUUUAGUUAUUUUCGUAGUAUGUAAAAGUUGCUCAUUUUUUGUUGUGUUCUGUGGUUUUUAAAUGACUUAUGCUUAACUUAAUGUUAUAUUCAUUUUUACAUAACGUGUCUUGUUUAAUAUUUGGUUCUUCGUUUUUGCUUCAUUUGUUAUUGGGUAUGUAUGCACUCUGUUAAUUAAAUAUUUAAUGUUUGUUAUUUUAUGUUCAUACGGAACACAAGAUUUAAACAAUAGAUAGCGACAGAAACCUAUUAUAAAAAGAAUCAGCCCAACUCAGGAAAACUUCAUGCACAAAAACACACAACAAGGAAGAACAUAACGCACCAGCCCUUGGUCCGCGACCUACAGUGAUCUAUUGUGCCAGCUCCAGUAAGUCCACAAAUAAAUAGUAACACGACAGACAGAGAAUUUCCCAUACAGGAAUUCAAAUAGAAAAUUCACACAUAUUACAGACACACAAGCGCAUCAAAGGGACAUGCAUAUAUAUUAACAUCAGAAGAGAGAAGUUGCAUCAUCAAAAAAUUUUAACACCUGAUGACGGUCAUAUUGGCCGAAACUUGUAGUGAAAUAAUAAACUUUUAAAAUCUUAAAUUUCAUAAUUUUUUAUGGACGUGGCCUUUCACGUAAGAUUGUGAAUAAUAGAUGCUAAGUGACAAGUGCAACAGGAUUCUGAACUAUAAUAUUAGAAGAUUAAGAUAAGAUAAAAGGAUCAGACGUGGUGAAUUGUUACAAUAAUUCUCACAAUUAUUACUGUACUAACGUGUUGUUGUGGUUAUAGUAUUCAAUAUAUUGCCCAGGGCUUCUCUGUGUAUGCACGUAAAUUUCCAUUGAUGGAGAUGCUUUAAGAGCCACGCAGUAAAUAUAAGUCUACUUACCAGAAGUGUAUA